UUCCCGGAUGGCGCCUCCCCCGGCCUCGCCGCUGGUGCCGAUGCCUGGGGAGACCUGGCCGGGUUUCAGGAAGCCCGAGCCCGUGAGCUUCGCGGAUGUGGCCGUGUACUUCUCCCCGCAGGAGUGGGGGUGUCUGCGCCCCGCGCAGAGAGCGUUGUACCGGGAAGUGAUGCGCGAGACCUACGGCCUCCUGGGCGCGCUCGGGUUCCUGGGCCCCAAACCAGCCCUCAUCUCUUGGAUGGAACAGGAGAGUGAGGCUUGGAGCCCCGCCGCCCAAGAUCCUGAGGAGGGGGAAAGCCUGGGAGGAGCUCCAAGAGGAGACGCUCCAGAUAAGAAGAAGCGGGGCGUCAGGAGGCCAGCAGAGAGCCCUGCUCAGCUGCAACCUAAAGAGGUCGUUGAACAUAAUUAUUCCAUGGCUGCCAAGGCCUCCACAAGGGCACAGCCUCCUACCAAAGCUGCCCCACACCAGACAGCAGGUUCCAAGGUGCCCAGCACGGACACACAGGCCAGCCAGCGCCGCCACGUGUGCGCGGACUGUGGGCGCCGGUUCACCUACCCGUCUCUGCUGCUCAGCCACCGGCGCAUGCACUCGGGUGAGCGGCCCUUCCCCUGCCCCGAGUGCGACAUGCGAUUCAAGAGGAAGUUCGCUAUGGUGGCGCACCAGUGGAUCCACCGGUCCUGCUCAGGGGGUCGCCGAGGCCGAAGGCCUGGGAUCCGGGCCGUGCCUGGAGCCCCAGUCCGAGGGGACCGGGAUCCACCCGUGCUCUUCCGGCACUACCCAGACAUCUUUGAGGAGUGUGGGUGAGCUGAACAGCCGCCUCCGGCUGGAGCCGAGCAUGAACUUGGCAUUCAGAGCCAACUGAGUCAAGGCCUGGGAAUUGAAAUAUAUCCCUUUGACUUUUCUCAAGGAUCCCUUGUAAACCUGUUAAAAAGAAAAGUGCCUGUAAAAAUUCGUACAGAUCAAACCUGCCCCCUGCCCCCUUCCCUGGUGUUUUAUGUUUAAAAAAAAAAAAGUGGGGCUGGUCAGGGGUGUGAGUUGGCACAGUACUAUUUUGGUCAGGGUUCUCAAGAGGAACAGAACAGAGGGGAUGAACACACACACACACACACACACACACACACACACACGGUAUAGGUAUGGUAUAGGUAUGGGUAAAGGCAAAGAACUAAA